CUAAACGCAAACAACGCCCUAUUAGAGUCUCUCUCUCUCUCUCCGCGGAAGGUGUCCCUGAGAUCGGCUUCCACGCCGUAGGAGGAGCAGCAACUCUGAAGCCAAAAUGGGGAUCAUUGAAAAGAUUAAGGAAAUCGAGGCCGAGAUGGCUCGGACUCAAAAGAAUAAAGCUACAGAGUAUCAUCUUGGUCAGCUCAAGGCAAAGAUCGCAAAGCUCAGGACACAGCUGUUAGAGCCUCCCAAAGGUUCCAGUGGAGGUGGGGAAGGUUUUGAAGUUACAAAGUAUGGUCAUGGACGUGUUGCACUGAUAGGCUUUCCAAGUGUUGGAAAAUCCACUCUUUUGACAAUGUUAACUGGCACCCAUUCUGAAGCAGCUUCGUAUGAAUUUACAACGCUUACAUGCAUCCCUGGAGUAAUUCAUUACAAUGACACAAAAAUUCAGCUGCUCGAUCUUCCGGGAAUUAUUGAAGGUGCUUCGGAAGGGAAGGGGCGUGGGAGGCAGGUUAUUGCUGUCGCAAAGUCUUCUGACCUUGUGUUGAUGGUUCUUGAUGCGUCAAAAAGUGAAGGCCACAGGCAAAUAUUGACUAAGGAACUUGAAGCUGUGGGUUUGCGGCUCAACAAAAGACCACCACAGAUAUACUUCAAGAAGAAAAAGACGGGAGGAAUUUCUUUCAACAGUACAAUGCCCUUGACUCACAUUGAUGAGAAGCUUUGUUAUCAAAUUCUGCAUGAAUACAAAAUUCACAAUGCAGAGGUGCUAUUUCGUGAGGAUGCUACAGUGGAUGACCUUAUUGAUGUCAUUGAGGGCAACCGAAAAUAUAUAAAAUGUGUAUAUGUAUACAACAAAAUUGAUGUUAUUGGGAUUGAUGAUGUGGAUAGGCUAGCACGACAGCCAAAUUCCAUCGUUAUCAGCUGCAAUCUGAAGCUAAACUUGGACAGACUACUUGCAAGAAUGUGGGAUGAGAUGGGACUUGUGAGAGUUUACUCAAAGCCUCAAGGCCAGCAACCUGAUUUUGAAGAGCCCUUUGUCCUCUCAGCUGAUAGAGGUGGCUGCACAGUUGAAGACUUCUGUGACCAUGUCCACAGGACUCUGGUGAAGGAUAUGAAGUACGCACUCGUGUGGGGCACUAGCGCAAGGCACUACCCUCAGCAUUGCGGUCUCUCUCACCGUCUUCAAGAUGAAGAUGUCGUCCAGAUCGUCAAGAAAAAGGAGAAAGAGGAAGGGGGAAGAGGUCGAUUCAAAUCACACUCGACAGCACCCGCGAGAAUCUCAGACAGGGAGAAGAAAGCUCCUCUAAAGACCUAAGACACAAGUUAGCUGACUUCUCUGCACUUAGGAUUUGAGCAUCUCCCCAAUCAUGGAUGAUUUCGAGAAGGUAAGAUUUCUCUGUUGUAUUUUUUUAAUAUAGUUUUGAAUCGUUUUCUACUUCAUGGUACAAGGGCUCAAACUACGGACUUGAAUCCCAAAUUAUGUUCUAGAAAUAGAAUUAUCGGUUGCUAUUUUCAUCUGAAGUCAGGUUUUUUCCAUGAGUAUACCUCGAAACCAUUUUGUUUCUGUGAUCAUGAAGAAACAUUUCUGGGGAGUUACUGAAAUAUAACUCUACUCGGUUUUAUGUGA